UUUUGGCCAUAUUGCUACUGGGCUUAUCUUUCACUAUUCCAGAAUCUCCACGAUAUCUGAUUGAACGCGGAAAGUUGGAAGAAGCCGAGUCAGUUCUCAAGCGGCUUCGGACCCAUCAUGAUGCCGGAGUUGAGAGAGAGCUUCAUCAAAUGCGCGACCAGAUCCAAUGGGAACGCGAAAACGAGGAAGCUACCUUGAAGGUCAUGGUAUCCAAACCUUCGUAUCGCAAACGCCUUCUUCUGGGCUGCGGAGUCCAGAUCGGGCAGCAAAUCUGUGGCAUCUCUGCUAUCAACUACUACCAGACCAUCAUGUAUAAGUCUUUGGGUAUCAAGGGCCAUAUCGUCCUUCUACUUGCUGGAGUUUGGGACCUCACAGGUCCUUUGGCCAAUAUCUUCUGUUUGUUGUGGAUCAUCGAUCGUGUACAACGUCGCACUUUGUUUAUGGCCGGGUCCCUCGCUAUGACGGUAGAUAUCGCCAUCGUCCUAGCACUAGUUGCGGUAUACGGCGGUAGCGACAACCAAGUGGCGAACGGUGUCGGUAUUUUCUUCCUCAUUCUUUUCGGCAUUCUUUUUUCAUUAUCUUGGAAUUCCGGUUGCCCAGUAUACACCGCUGAGAUCUUUCCUACUCAGAUUCGCGUUACCGGAGGAGCCAUUUCUACAUUCUGGUCGUUUGUCAUUCAGGUCGUCCUCGCACAAGCCUCUCCAACAGCUCUCGCUAAUGUCGGAUGGCGCUACUACUUCUUCUCCAUUGCUAUGAACCUACUCACGUUCGCCCUGAUCUUUUUCUUUUUACCUGAAACUAAGGGAAAGUCCCUUGAGGAAAUAAGUGAGGUAUUCUGCGACAUCUUUGUGGGCAUACAUAUGGACGAGCGCUUGGAUGACAAGAAUGAGCAUAACCUGAGAGCUACUAUGGUUGAGGGUACUUAACUUUUAUAAACUGUUAAAGGCACUAGUUUUGUGGUUAAACUCGGAAUCUUACGGGGCUUAGUGUUAGAGGCAUAUUAAGCGAGCUCUAGAUAAUUAGCUGCAGAGCCUUUACGAUAACCUUGCAUAUAAUAAUAUCAAUAAGCUAACUCUUCAAAGUAUCCGGUUAUUACGGCCGUUAUUUGGUACCGUCAUUAGUUGGGUCUCUCAUGAAGCCUUGCUCAAGGUCAAGAAGCAAGUUGA